AUGAAGCUUUUUGCUUUGAUCUCCUGCGUCUUUGCCUAUUCCAGGGUGAACAUCAACACUCUCGAAUCCCAACAGAAGCGAGUGUUGGAAACGAGAGCUCCACAUCCUUACGAGAUCUGCCGAAGAUUAGUCCAGUACGAAGCGCUCGGAUACCAGCUGCCAAAGGAAGUAAACGUGUUCCUCAACAAAUGCGCACGAAAAUAUGGACUUGAGCGAGAUGAGAUGGCAAUUAGAGUGUCACAGUAUCUUUCUCAACGGCCGCAUGAUGAGUACUACUAG